CUCCGGGCAAGGGCCUCCCAAAACCGGGGAUCCCACAGCCUGAUUGGCGGAGUCGCCCCAGUCCGCCCGCGGGGAGGAGGAGCGUCCCGAGGCGCCCAGGGCUGCCAUGGGUGAGGAGGUGGCGCAGCCCCGGCGGCCCGGGGUCGGCGUGGGGGUGGUGGUCACCAGCGCCGCGCACCCCAACUGCGUCCUGCUGGGCAAGAGGAAAGGCGCCGUGGGGGCCGGCACCUACCAGCUCCCCGGAGGACACCUGGAGUUCGGGGAGAGCCUGGCGGAGUGCGCGGCGCGGGAGACGCUGGAGGAGGCGGCGCUGCGGCUGCGCCACGUGCGGUUCGCGUCGGCCGUGAACGCGGUGUGCGCGUCCGCGCGGUACCACUACGUCACCGUGCUCAUGAAGGGCGAGGCCGAGCCCGGCGCGGAGCCGCGCAACCAGGAGCCCGACAAGAACGAGGGCUGGGAAUGGGUUAAAUGGGAUGAAUUUCCUCCAGCAGAUCAACUAUUCUGGGGCUUACGCUGCUUAAGAGAGCAAGGUUACAAUCCCUUUACGGAAGAGCUUGAUCAUCUAAAGGGGUACACAGGAAGUCACCAACUAGGGUAAAGCCAAAUUGUACAUAUGUAACACACUAAAGGACAGAGCUGCUUUUUUCGAUGUGAAAGAAAAAAAGGGUUUAUUGUGCUCACGCUGCCCAUGUGAAAAUAUUACCCUUCCCAAAGCCAGAAAGAUGCCAAAUGUU